AUGCCGCGCCACCUGCUGCAGCAGUCCGUCGACCACCUCGCCGCGCUGGCCGCGCCUCCGGCGGCCGCCAUGGCGCGCGGCGGGACGAGCGUGCACACGGAGACGCUGCUCAUCCUGGCGGCGGUGCUCUGCUUCCUGCUCUGCGUGGUCGGGCUGGCCAUGGUCGCGCGCUGCUCCCGCCUGUGCAACCCCUCCGCUUUCUCGGUUGACGCGCCGGGGGCAGUCGCGGCGCCGGGCAAGGGGAUCAAGAAGAAGGCGCUACAAGCGCUGCCAACCGUGUCCUGGCGGCCAGAGCAGAGCAAGGAGGUAGACGACGAGGAGGGGGAGCGGCCGGAGUGCGUCAUCUGCCUGGCGGAGUUCGCGCGCGGCGACGAGGUGCGCGUGCUCCCGACGUGCGGCCACGGCUUCCACGCCGCCUGCGUCGACGUCUGGCUACUGUCCAACUCCACCUGCCCCUCCUGCCGGCGCGCUCUCGUCGUCGCGGCCGCCCAAUCGCCGGCAGCCACCGAGUCUCCCACUCCUCAAACGUGCUGUGAGCGCGCCGACGCCGUCGCGGCUGCGCAGGCCACGGUCGCCGGCCGCUGUCGUUCGUCGGCACAGUAG